UUACCCAGUUAUAUGCAUCCUAAUUAAUUUAGUACUGGUUAUUAAGUAAUUUAAAUUUUAUUAACUUGGAACAUGGCCGCUGCUAAUGACCGCCUUUUGAGUACAUUUGUGAAGAGUUUUAAAGAUACAGAUAGCUCUUAUGGUGGAUAUGAUUAUACUUUUGUUGAUGGUGACCCACCAAGUAGCUACAUCUGUCUCAUAUGUACUUUAGUGUCACGUGAUCCUCAUCAAGUCUCCUGCUGUUAUAACAUCUACUGUAAGAGUUGUCUGGAUAAGCACAGGAAGAAAUCCUCAAGAAAUGGGAGAUUCAGCUGUCCUGCUUGUCGUAAGCUACUGGAUUUAAGGAGCUACUUUAAAGAUGGAAGGAUGGAGCGUGAGAUAAAGGGCCUUAAAGUUCGAUGCACCAUUGAGGAGUGUGACUGGAAAGGAACUAUUAGUGAUAUCGAAGCACAUGUUGUGGCCUGUCCUUAUCGAAUGGUUGACUGCUCUCUGGGAUGUGGGGAAAAGAUUGACCGUAGGGAAAUGGAAGCUCACCUCAAAGAUUGUCCAAAGCGUAUAGUCAGUUGUCAGUAUUGUAAAGAUGAAGGUCCUCAUGACAUUAUAACAAGCGAUGCUCAUCUUGAUGAGUGUUAUAGCUAUCCAGUUGAAUGCUGUCAUGAAGGAUGUGAAGAGAUUAAAGCACGCUGUUUGCUUGAAUAUCAUGAACAAAGUUGCCCUAAAGCUGUUGUCUUUUGUGAAUACAGUCAUCUAGGAUGUGAUAAAGUACUAAAGAGGGAAGAGCAAGAAAAGCAUAAUGAAGAAUCUGUAAAAGAGCACUUGCAAAUGGCAAUCAAACGAGUUGACUCUUUGCAGAUGAAAAGCAUUGGCAAUUCAAGCUCUCAAGUUUUUAAAAUGACUAAUCCGUCCUCCUAUAAAUAUAAUGAUCAGGUGUGGUAUAGUCCCUCAUUUUAUACCUCACCAGGUGGCUAUAAGAUGAUGCUUUGUGUAUAUGCUAAUGGUUAUGGCAAAGGAAAAGGCACCCACUUGUCUUGUUAUACUGUUCUUGUUCCUGGGGAGUAUGAUGAUGAGCUGGGGUGGCCAUUUCAAGGAGAAGUCACAGUAGAGCUACUAAACCAACAUGAAGAUAAAAAUCACAAGAAGCUUGUUAUCAAGUAUGACCAAUCAACUCCUGAGGAUUGCAAGAAAAGGGUCACAAAAAAUAAAGUUUCAGACAAAUGGGGGGAAGAUCAAUUUUUCGCUCAUUCUGAUUUUCAAUUGAUAUUGCAUGCAAAUUAUGGUUUUUUAGGUCGAUGGUAUUUCAGAGUCAGUGCAAAGGUUACUUCUAAGACUAAACCAUGGCUUGUAUUGUAAUAUUAGUUAUUUUAGAAGUUAAUUUGUUUCUUUAAUUUUUUUUGUCUUUUUCUUUGGAAUUAAUUUGAUGAAGUCCUUAUUGGUAAAA